UAGUAACUGUAGUUGGGCCUUGGACGAGCGAGUCAUUCACCCAACAAUGAGCACCAGAGCAUCAUUUGUAAUGGGAGUAUCAUCUCUUCUACAAAGCAGAUGCCUUUGGUCAUCCCAGUGGAGAGCUCGGAACUACUCUGUUCCCUCCGCUCUUCUUCCCCCUGACUUGCCUCUUUUAGCAGAGACCGCUCGCAUCUCUCUCAUUCCCAAAGAGGCGGAGGAAUUCGCCCCCAAGAUUCGACAAGUUAUAGAUUGGUUUGGACAACUCCAAGCUGUUGAUCUUCAAAGUAUUGAGCCUGCACUUAGAGCAGAUACUGAAGGUGACAAUCUGCGGAAUGAUGUGCCUGAAACAUUUGAGAAUAGGGAGGCCAUGUUAGCUGCAGUUCCAAGCUUUGAGGAGCCAUAUAUCAAAGUUCCCAAGGUCUUGAACAAAGAAUAGUGCUGUUUAGGUCUUCAUCCAGAAGACACAACUACUGGGUCACAACAAAAACAUUUAUGGAGAUGAAGGUUGCAAUCUCUUGAUCUACCGCAACCUAGCACUUGGUUCUAUUUGAUUUACGUGGUUCACAAUUUGCCUCAUUCUUCAAUUUCCUUUUCCGUGAAAUUAAUGCUGAAAAAUCUUGACAUUUUGAUCUGUUCAAUUGUUUGAGUCACCCAGAAUUAACGUACAGGUUCUUUAGAAUUUGAAUUUUUUUGUUUAGUAAUCGAAUUUAUGUAUGCUUUGCAAGCACAAUUGAAUAUGACUAAUGGACCAUUGGAUUUAGGCUUCUUACUUUA